AUGCAACCAACUCCCUCACAAUCUGCGCACGGAGACCAAAGGAACGAGUCACAGAGAGGCGGGAAAGGACGAGGGAAAUGGAGGUCAGGAUGGAAGGGCCGUGGUAGGGCUGUCGCUGGGGGGAUGCGAGGCGAUUUGGCUGCUGAGGGUACAACAGCGACAUCCCCAAAGCAACAAUAUCCAUCGAAGGCACCGCGUCUGCGGCCUACACAUUUCCUCGCUCUGCCACUCCACGACCACCCUGAGCUCCGAGCGCGAAUAUCAACAUUUCAGUCGGCUUUAUUCGCCACCGCCGAUGUUCAGCCGCCUCCUCAGUCCACGACGACCAACACCACUCAAAGCUCCGGCACGACCAAGCCGAAAGGAAAGGCGAAAGCACGAAUUUCAAGCAUCGUCCAAGGCCUCGACAGUUCGAUCGUCAUCGAUCCCGUACGGAUGCAUACGACUCUAGGGGUGAUGGCCCUGGAGCUGGAGGCGGACGAGGAGAAAGAAGAUGCGAAGAAUGUGACAGCUCAACCUACAAGUUCGCCUGGGGAUAGCAUGCCACAAUCCUCAGGAUCUCCAGCAGCCACACAAGAGGCCAUGACUUCCUCUAAUCCAUCCUCGGCGACGAACCCUUCAGCACCAUUAUCACGGAGGCGGGCUCUUCAACGUCUCCUGAACAGCCGGAAGAUAAGCGCGAACGAAAGACGGUGGCAACUGCACUCGCCCUCCUCCGAUCCCUUCAACCCGAGAUACGCGAGAUCCUCGACGGCGCACCCAGUGUCAAAGUUCCACUCGAGGUGA